AUGUAUUUAUCAUUGCGAAAGGUAGUUCUGGUUGUCAUACUUUUCGCAUUAUCAUUUUCUUUACAAAUUUCAGCUGAUAGUUUACGGAAAAGAGCUACUCCUAAUAGUACAAGUGGGAACAGUACAAGUGGGGCACCUUCUAAUAGUACAAGUGGGACACCUUCUAAAAUUCCUUUAUCAACGACUAUCUCUCACGGACCAACUAUAACAGGAAUAACAAAUUCAACAGCCCCAAGUGGUAAAAAUGGUACAACGGGAAAUGAUACUUUACCAUACGUUGAUCCAAUGACACCUCCAGUGACUAUUACACUCACCCAUCCCACUCCCGCAAAGAAUCUCUUAUUUAAGAUAGGAACGAAUAUUACUUUUACUUGGAAAUACUCUGCAAAUUUUUCAAUUCCACCAAAAUAUAUAAAUGUUCUCGCUCAACCAUCUGUAAGCUUGGAUCAAUACUUUACAGUUGUUGCUAAUGCUUCUGGGAAUAUUACUUCGGCAAUUUGGGACACAGGGGAACCAUCUUUACCAGUAACUAAAUAUAAAUUAUAUAUAUUUGACGAAAGAGGAAAAGACGCUGGCGCAUUACCUGGUAGACUGUUAUCAUAUACUGGGUUUACUUUCUCUUUAUAUCAACCAAAGGAUCGCGUAGAUAUUUCACGUAAGUAA